AUGCUCAAACAACACAGGGAGCUUAGCAUGUUCGUGCGUCGCACCAUUGAACUAGGUUUUAUAGAAAAGGACGUCAGGAAUUACGUUACAAGGGAAGUACAGAAUAUUUCCGAAGAAGACGAUGCCAAAGAAUUCGGGAAGUACCUAGUAAGAAUGAAAGAGAAGAACCAAAAUUUCUUCUUUGAGCUCAACCUUGAAGGCGAUCACUGCAUUAAACGUGCAUUCUGGGCUGAUGCAAGAAGCAGGGCUGCAUUUGAUUAUUUCGGAGACGUGGUUUCAUUUGACACCACCUAUAACACAAACAGGCACAAUUUGGCACCAAAAGGUAUUCUUACCGAUCAAUGCGCAUCGAUUCAAAGGGCAAUUGAGCUGUGCAUGCCAACAACAAUUCACCGCUGGUGCAUCUGGCAUAUUAUGAAGAAGAUCCCAAGCAAAUUAAAUGGCUACAAGGGACACAAUGAAAUUGAACAUGAGAUGAGCCAUGUUGUUUGGAAAUCAUACACAAAAGAAGCAUUUGACAGAAACUGGAUCGAUUUCCUUAGAAAGUACGGCCUCGGAGGCAACAAGUGGCUUUCAGGUUUCACAACAUAUGAAGUCAUAGAGCAGGUUUCCAACUCCACAUUCAACAAGUUUGUCAUCACAUAUGAUGUAGUAUCACGGGAUGUAAAGUGCCAUUGCUUGCUGUUUGAGUCUAGGGGCAUAUUGUGUCGCCAUUCCCUAAGCAUCCUAAGCUUUGAGCGAGUGGAUAACGUGGCACCGAAAUACAUAUUGGAAUGUUGGAGUAAGAACAUAAAGAGGAGGCAUACACACAUCAAGAGAAGCCAAGAUGAACCUCAGCUAAGAAGUAAGAGAUUUGACGAAUUGGUGUUUCGGUCGCACAAUAUAUGUGAAUUUGCAUCCGAGUCUGAAGAGUUGACCAGAAUUUUGUACCGAGCAUUUGACAAGGUCAUGGCGGAGAUGGAAGAAUAUCAAGAGAGAAGCAAAGGAAAAAGUUUGUUAACCCAUGAAGAAGCGACAUUAAGCAAUGUGAAUGACCUUCAAAGCCCACCACGUGUUAAAAUAAGAGGUUGA